CGCUAGGUCUUUACUUCUCUUCAAUCUAACUCUACUUCUCUUUACUUUUAACACAAACCGGACUCUGUGAGAAAGUUAGUUUGACUCUGACGUCUCCUCUCUGAGCUCUACCAGACUCUCCCCCUCUUCUCUGAGUCCCUCUCAGCCUGGAGGAUGAUGGAGGCGGAGAGCUGCUGGCUGCGUCUGCUCCUCUUGCUCUGCUUCAUGGCCCUCCACAGCUCGGCCAUCGACACUGUGAACGUGGUGGACUUCUGUGGUCAGACGAUCCGUGGUGACGGUAUGAUCGUCAACUCUCACCAGGAAUCUAAAAAGUACUACUUCGUAACCAUGGCUACAGACUGUCACCUCACCAUGCAGGCCAGCUCCCCUAAAGACAAGGUCCAGUUCCACUUCCGCUUCUUCCUGGUCUACAGUCUGCUACGAGUGGCCCCUCUAAGUCCCGCCCCAGUCUUCCCAGAGUCCCCUCGUGGCUCUGCCCCUUUGAACCCCAGACUGGAGCCCACUUCAGGUGAGAGCUCAGGGGACCCGUGUCACGCUGGCUCAUACGUUCAGUUCUAUGAUGGACGAGACAGGAACUCACCUCCACUGGGGCCUCCUCUCUGUGGGAAGAGCCCUCCUCGACCCGUCCUGUCCACAGGAAACUACUUGACCCUGAGACUGGUGACUAGAGGGACUCAGCCCAGAGUGGACUUUGUGGGGGAUUUCACUUCAUUCAGACUGGGUUUUAACCAAUCUGAGUGCAGCAGUGAGCCUUACUUCACCUGUAGGAAUGGGAAGUGUAUCCCUCUGAGCCUGGUGUGUGACGAUAAAGGCAUCGACAACUGUGGGGAUGGAAGUGACCUGGAGGAGAACCUGACCACAGGCUGUAAAGCAGGUCAGCUUCUUCCUCCUGAACCUCCACCAGCGAUAGCAACCCCGCAUCCACCUGCUGUGACUCCGCCCACUGCGCCGAUUGCUUCACACAUGAACUGCGGCAUGCCAGACAGCACUCCCAGUCACGAAUCAGUAACUGACUCUCCGGCCUCCCUGUCCCUGCUGGUCCUCUACAUCCUCCUGGGCGUGGUGGCGGGCAGCGUGGUGCUCUGCUGGUGCUGCUGGUCACCUGGAUGGUUCCUUUGGCGAAUCAGCAUCUGCCGUUUUUUACCCUGCUGUAACGUCCCCUGUUCUUCCUGCCAGCUCUGCGCUCAGAGCUGCACACACGGGAAGGAGCACCGGCUGGCAAAGGUGACACCACACACGCCAGUCAACGGGGCCCCGGCAGGCCCGGCGGCAAACGCCAACAGUGCUGAGGAAAAUGUUACUGUGGCGGCUGUUUAGAGGAGAAAGUCAGAGACAUGGGAUUAUCACACUGAUGCUGGGGUCAAAGGUGAACAUGAACAGCUGACACAACAAAGAUCUCUCUCUUUCUUUGUGUUUUGUGAAGCAGGAGAAAGACUGUUGUUACAUGGAGGUAAAGCAGGGUACAGCAUAACUGUGGAGUGAAUAAAAAGUGGUGAAAAGGGUUUUUUGAGAUCUCUGACGAAAAUUUUGCUUGUUUGGAGCACAAAUUUUCUGAUGACAGCACUUACAGCUGAAAAGACUGCUUUUUAAGUUUGAACCAUACAGCCUUAAAUGCUCUACAGUGUUCAUAUAUUUGUCUGUAAAAUGACGUAUAACUUCACUCCUUCUAUGUCUUGGAACCAACUGAUUUGUCGUUCUGGAGACCAGCUCAGAAGAUUCAGAAUCUGCAGCUUUGACCAAAACUAUUUCUUUGACACAUGCUGGGGAGACAAAGAGUCGCCCUCCUGGUGACAACAGCUGCUCUCUGUGUGAGAAAUUCCUUCAAACUUUCCGUUCUCCUCCCAGCAGUCCUCCAUUGUUCCAGAAAUGAGCCGAUGUGAAGCAUGGACGAUGGAGAGAAAAGUUUGUCAGUAUCUGGAGAAAAAAACCUUUCUGAUAAAUUUCAUUUUAUUGUUGUGUUUUUGCAAAUAGCAUCCACUCAU